AUGCAAACAACUGCAAAUACGACUCCGAAAACAACUCCCAAGAUCAAUCCUACUGCACCACCAAAAAAACUCAAUGCUAAAGGGGUACCAAUGCCACCAAUGGCUGCCAGCAUGCCAAAAAUCACAGGACCAAUAAAUAACGAAACAAAUGCAGCGAAUAUUAAGGAAAUUAAUAAAGAUCCAAUCCAUAAUAAUGCAUUUGAAAAAAUCCAGAUUCAUCUAACGAUUCCAACAUUAAAAGAAAUUCUUCACGUAAUCGAAUGGAUUUUAGCAAGAUUAGCUUUUCGAAUAUUCACUGCACCUGAAAAGCUCACAAUACCACAUGUCCGAAUAAAGUUACGCCCUUCAUCAUAA